AAUCCAAGAGGAGAGGGGAAGCAGUUAAUUGGAAUUCUCUUUCCUCCAUUUUUGUUAGAAACAAGUAGUAGGGGUCUUGUUUCUUAGAAUUACAAGAAAAAUUAUUUCUAGUGUGGUUGGAGAGAAGGGGGUGGAAGAUGGAUAUAUCAAAUUCACAAUGUGGUAGUGGGUCUGAGUCCGGUUGGACUCCGUAUUUAGAUCAAUCUUCUUUCUCAAGAAGUAGGUGGAAGGAUUUCAGUGGCGUUUCUGGUGAAGAUUAUGGAGGGAUAGGAGCUAGAUUCGAGCAUGUGGGAGAAGAUGAGGAGGAUUUGUCAAUGGUGUCUGAUGCAUCCUCUGGACCAAGACACUAUUGUGAAGACGAUGAAGACUGCAAUGAAGAAAAUAGGUACGUUUUUCCCGCUCCCUCAGCUUCCGAAUCAGCCAAGAAAAGCAAAAACAAGAAGAAGAUAAGAGAAAACCAACAGCAUUGUUCUCUUGAUGACACUGCUAGCUCCCCCACACUAAGCCUUUCUAAGAAGAAUCUCAAAAAGGAAGCUUCAAUGGAUGUUUUCGAUUUUUCGCAGGACUGCUCUGCUACCCAAAAUAAGGGGAAAUCAGGACUCCGGAAAAAACUUGGUUUUCUGCAGUCCUCAUUUGCUGGCAAACCAGCUUCAGGAGAAGCAGGUGGAUUUCAAGGAAGAAAGUAGGAAUGACAAAAGAGUAAGUACUAAGUAUAAAACUUUUUGUCUCUACUGCUGUUGCUGCUCUAGAUUAAAGGCAGUCCUGGGAUCUGUAAAAAAAAAAAAAGGCAUUAGAUCUCAAAAAGAUAUUGUUCUUUUGUUUUUAUUUUUGUUUUUAUCCUACUCUACUCCUUGUUAUGUGUUCCUGUCAAUGCAGUAGGAAACAACCUGAGACAUUGAAAAUAAAUAAAAUUUUCUGUC